AUGCCGUCCCAUAAGUCCAAGUCGCCGAAACCGCAGUCUACGCCGGCCGUGCCGAGGCCGAGUUCAAGUGUACUUCUCAUAUCCCCACGGAACGAAGUCCUCCUCCUCCACCGCGUCAAGACUUCGACUUCCUUCGCAUCGGCCCAUGUCUUCCCCGGCGGAAACCUAUCUGGCCAGGACGGACCCUGUCCGCCACCUGAAGAUCUCGCCCGACAUGACGACGGCCCCUGGUACCGCAAUGCUGCGAUCAGAGAGCUCUUCGAAGAAAGCGGCAUUCUUCUCGCCAAAGACCGCUCCUCGGGGAAGAUGCUAGCCAUCCCGGAAGAGCAACGAGAGGCUGGCCGACGCGAGAUCCAUCAGCACAAGAUCACGUUCGCGGAAUGGCUACGGGAGCGGAGUUCCGCUGCGGUGCCAGAUACAGAACAACUAAUCCCCUUCACCCGGUGGAUUACGCCUACGAAUGUUCCGCGGCGAUACACGACCCAAAUGUAUCUGUAUUUCCUGCCCUUAUCGCCGGGUUCAGGGGACCCAGUCCUGGAUGAAAUCCCGUCAGAGGGCCAGACGGAGGAGAUCCAGAUCCCGACGAGUGAUGGCGGGGUGGAGAUCUCCGAAGCGAGGUUCCUGCCCGCGUCGGAAUGGAUUCGCAUGGCGCAGAGCGGCGAGAUUAUUCUGUUUCCGCCGCAGUUCUUGCUGUUGCAUUUGGUUGCGGGGUUUCUGGAUGAGGGAGCCGAGGGAGGGGGGGCAGGAGUGGGAGCGGGGUCGGUUGAGGACUUGGAUAGCAGAAGGGCGGAGCUGAUGCGGUUCGUGCAUACGGGUCAGCCGCCCUGGACGGAGAAGUGCAUCUGUCCGAAGAUGCUGAAGAUGUCGUCGGAUGGACGGACGGUGCUGGCGCUGGACCAGCCGGGGCCGGAGCUGAAGGAGAGUGGGCGUGGAGGAGAGUCGGAGCGGGUGGUGCUUGUGAGGUUCAAGCAGGGAGCCUCGAGGGAUGUGGAUGUGCGAUGGAAGAAGGAUGUAUUUGGGGGGAAGGGUCGACUGUGA